AUGGAGCGGUUGCUUUACUUUUGCGAACAUAUUGAUCCUAAUUUGACUCAAUGGACUCCAACUGUUGGCCUAAAGUUACCAAAGACUUCUCAAUAUUCGGUCAAAGAAAUCCAGGCGGCUUGGAUAUCUUUACGGCUGGACUAUCCGACAAUUGCUUGUACUAUCGAAAAUGGAAGAGGAAUGCAAUAUCAGAUUCUGACAAAGGAUGAACUUGUCAGAUGGGCAGAAAAAACGGUGCAUAUUCAUAGAUUUGGAAAAAGUGCGCGUGAAAUGGCGAUUUCAGCGACUAUGCCUGAAUCCAGCACACUUCACUUCUUUCCGGAACGUCAAGAAUUAGCGAUUCUUAUUCGACAUGAAUUAUGUGACGGUGUUGGAUGUUUAAUAUUAGCAAACAAACUGCUUCAAAACCUUCGUAUAAAACCUCGAAUUGAUACGAUCGGUGAGGAGAUUGCACGACUGCCUUCCCCCACUAUCGACUUGCUAAAUGACAAAAGUUCGGUGGCUCCUGAGAUAAUCGAAAGAGCUGAUCAUAUCGUCGGAUUAUAUUGCGAUACAAACGCCAUUGCUUUACAAACAAGACAACAAAAGGAUACCCAAAAGGCAAUUCCAACCUUGCCACAAGGUCGAGUUGAACACCAAUUCAGUGAGAAGGAAUCGCAAGCUAUUUUGGAUGCUUGUCGAGAAAAAAAGAUUACUGUGACUACAGCCAUUUGGGCUGCGCAGGCGAAAGCAGCAUUAGAGCAUAGUGGAGACACUGCCGGGAAUCUAAUCAGUUUCCUUCCAAUAAAUCUAAGGAACGAAAUCAAAAGCUGUCCAUCGAACAACGUAGAGACAAAAGAUCCACCGGCUAAUAAUACUAUUAUCUUUGCUCUUACCAAUCUCCCUGUUGCUGAGACUGACGACUUCGUUGAUUGGGCGACAAUGGCACAACGAGACUUACAUUCAUGGCGAUUUGGCAAAAAUAAUAUUUCUCUUUUCGAACUUUCAUGCAAAGCAUUAGAAGAAAAAAUGGCUACAGAUGUGGCAGCAGGAAUAAUGCAUCCAGCAAGAUUUUUUUUAACCAAUGUCGGAAUUUCGGAAAAUUACAUUAGGGAACCAGUGGAGGAUGUUUGGUUAAAUCUCAUGGUCUCGACGCCAGAGUCGAGCGCGUUAGUAGUUCUGACGACGCAUAGAAGGUUGAGAUUUACGGCUUGUUAUAAUCGUGCAUUCUUUCAUGACAAUCAAGUCAAGGAUUAUAUGGCAAUGGUAGUUAGCCAUUUGAAGAACGGUUUAGGACUUAUAGUUUUAGUUGAUAAAAUUGAAGCUUCUACGAGGUCUGAGUCGUAUGAAACGGUGGCACGGAUCUAA